GCAAACAGUGUCCCGCUCGAGGACAGUCCAGUUCAUGAGAGCAGCUGCUGGCGCUCGUCGCGGCAUUUCUCGAGGUCUCGGAGCUCGGAGCUCGGUGUGAUUUCGCUCAUGGAUCGAGGCGAGUGGACGCGAUUUGGAUGAGCGAUGGGGAGAAUGGGAUUUGGUGAGCAUCUGUCCAGGGCCGUCAUGAGGAAGUUCGCGCUACGCCAGCUGACGCGAAGGCACCAGAAUUGCGAGCGCCAUCUCCAGCAGCAGCAGCAGGCGAGGAGAGGAGCGAGGAGUGGCGAUGGUGCGGGCGGAACUUCACCAGCAGCAGCAGCAGCAGACGCGACGAGGGUGUUGCCGUCUCGCUAUUUCACUUCGGUAGCGUCGAAUUCUUCAGCUGCAGCAGUUCUUGAGAGAGUUGCGCUCGGGAAUUUCUUCUGUCUCUCUCCCCGCCGUCCUUGGGAGGAGGCUGCACGAGCGCGCCGAGGCAUCCACCAGUUGUCGAAAUUGGAGAUUGAGGAUUCUCGUGCGGGAGAGAUCUACGAUCACAUUUUCGACCACAAAACCCUGAGCCCCGAGCCUCGGGGAUUGCAGAGCGCGUCGAGCAGCCGGGGCGAGAGGCGGCGAGAUGAGAAUUUCGGUGCUCCCCCGUCGCAGAGCCUCGAGUCGGAAGUGGAGAAGCUGUGCGCUCUGGUCGGAGAGAAGGGCUGGAGCUGUCUGAAGGAGAGGAGCAUCGAGCUGACGAGAAUCAAGCUCCGAACCUCGCACGUCAUCAAAGUGCUGGAGCGCGUCUCGGACCCAGCCUUAGCUCUGGGGUUCUUCGAGUGGUGCGCGCAGUGCGGCCUCAAACACAACACGUCCUCGUACACUGCCCUAAUCGGCGUUCUGGGCCGGGCCCAAAUGCUGGACGAGGUGGAGCGAUUGCUGGCAGACAUGGAGAGGCAGAGAAUCCCGAGGACGAGGCUCCUGAUUUCCACCUUGGUCAAUGUGUAUGGCAUGGCCGGAAAGGUGGAGCAGGCUCUGCAGUUUUUGACUCAGCAUCAGGGCCCUCCGAAUGUCCAGAGCUACAAUGCUCUGAUGAGAACCCUGGGGAAUGCUGGCCUCCCGGAGCAGGCCCUCGUGGUGUACGAGAAAUUGAUGGAAUCCGGCUGUGCCCCGGACUCGUACACAUUCGGGAACCUGAUCAGCGCUUUCGGCAGGGCGGGGAAUGUGCGCGAGGCUUGCAGGAUUUUCAACGACAUGAAGCGGCAGGCAUUUCAGCCGAACGUCGUGGUCUAUAGUGCCCUGAUCAAUGGGCUCUGCAAAGCCGGCAAAGUGGACCAGGCCAGCCAGUACUUCGACGAGAUGAAGGCGCAAGGAUGCCCUCCCAACACGAUUACCUACAACACGCUGCUGGACGGGCUCGGAAAGGCAGGCAGGAUCGAGGAGGCUCUGAAGCUGUUCGGAGAAAUGGUGGAAGCAGGGCAUGCCGAUGAUGUGUCCUACCGGACGACUCUGGGUUUAUACGGGGCGGCAGGGCUCAUCGAUCAGGCUUACAAGGUUUUGAGAUUGAUGCGCGAGUCGGGCUCUGCCCCUGAUGCCCGCACUUACAAUAUUCUCAUCGGCAGUUUCGCCAAGGCAGGCAAGAUCGAGGAAGCUCAGACGAUUUUCAGAAAGAUGAAGGGAUGGAAUUGCUUUCCCAACUCCGCCACCUACAGCAUUUUGAUUCAGAUGCUCGUGAAAGCAGGCGUUUGGAGCGAAGCUCAGAGACUUUUCCAGGAGAUGCGAUCGCACAACCUGAUCGCCGAUGCCUUCACCUACAAUAUUUUCAUCGAGGCCAGCUGCAAGCUGGGCGAUGUGGCCGGAGCCUGUGACCUUCUUCGCGAGAUGCUGAAGGUCGGGUGCCUGCCGAACGUGAGGACAUGCAACAUUUUGCUCGAAGCAUUCUGCAAAAGUGAUGCCAAAGACAAGGCUCGGGAACUUUUUGAGCACAUGGGAGAUUGGGGCUGCUCACCGGAUUUGGCUUCUUACACCAUAGUCCUCGAAGGGCUCAGCAGAUGGGGUCACCUGGAUGAAGCCUUGCAACUGUUUGCCGAGAUUCGAGAGAAGUGUGUUCCGAGUUUCUCCGUAUACGCUUCGCUUCUUCAUGGACUCGGCGAGGCUGGCAGAGUAGACGAUGCUUGGACUCUGUUCCACGACAUGCAAGCUGUUGGCCGUCCUUCCAGCGAGGGCACUUACAACACUCUAGUUUGUACUUUGAGCAAAGCAGGCAGACUGAACGAAGCCUUCAACCUCGUAGACGAGAUGAGAAGGAACGGCUGCUUUCCGAAUGCAAACGCUUACAAUCUCUUGAUCCGUGGUCUGUGCCAAAUCGGUCGUCUCCAGGAUUGUUUGAAGGUUCUGGAGGAGAUGGAGGACAGAAGUUGUAGACCAGACAGUUUGACUUAUAACACUCUCAUUGACAGCUUCGUUCAGGCAGGCGAUGUGGAAGAGGCGUUCAAGCUAUUCCAAGGGAUGUCAGGGAGGAAGUUGAUCAUUCGGGAGGUUACUUGUGAUAACCUCUCCAGGUGCCUUGCUGAUGCUGGCAGAAGCGAAGAAGCCGAGCAAGUCCUUGCAUCAAAAGAAAGACCCCCAAGAUGAGUUCCCUGGCAGGCCUUCCUAUUGCAAAAACAUGCAUCACACGUCGGUGACUCAAAGAAGUUGCUCCAGGAUGAAAGAGUAAGAGGUACUUGGCAUUCCAAAUCCGAUGGUUCCACUAAUGAUCUCGCAGAAGUGAAGUGCACGGAUGUCAAAAAUAGCUACGUUUCAGGUUUCAUAUCCUACAUGUGGACCGUAAAGGUUCUACCACAACGCACGGUAGACUCAACUGGAAAGGUCUGCUUGUCCGAUUUUCUUCCUGCCUAUCGCGGGAACGGGCGCGGACUUCAGUCUACCCAUCGCGUCACAAGAGUGUACUCACAUGAAAGCGAAUCAUACCAUACAAGAUGUAAUUAGGCACCAAUUGUAGAAUCAUCCGUUUCGACAGACAAAUCGCUGUUUCACACGAGAAUGACUAAGUGGUCUGGGAAGAGCUCUUGUUCCAUGUAUUGCUCGGUUGGCUUCAGACUCAAGUUGUGUAUCUCCGAGUAGUUGAAAACCACUCUAGAACAUUCAUGUUUAUGAGGCCAUUCAUUCGAAUCGGCAUGCUCUCAAAACCGGGAAAUCAAUAAAAGUGUACAGCAUAAGUUGCAGUCAAAGUGGACACAAUAAGUCACACUGCAGCUUGUGAUCGUUGAGAUAACGCUUCGUGAUAACUCAUCUUUUUAACCUACAUUCUUUGCGUUACAGGGAAAAAAGGUUCUAAGUAGCCUGCAAGAACUUUCUCUAACACUUCGACUCCAACUCAAGGUUGUAGUAAUUGAUGCUUGUCUCUCCCGCCAUCUCGAUGCUGACCGGCCCUCGCAUGGUAAUUUGUUCUUUCUCGCUGCUUCUUUCGUAGUCUUGAAGAACUGAAGAUCUUAUUUGCACUGGAGUUCAUCAGCUCAUGCCGAGUACAGUCGUCAUCGAUAAUCCCGUAUGCAUGUCUGGCCUGUACCUAAUCGCUAAGUUUUGACUCCUCGUUGCAACAAGCGAGACUGUUACUAAAGCCCCGCUCGCUGCAGUUCCUCUUUCGCUGCUUCGUGAUCCACCUUUUCAACCUCAAAGUUGAUGGGCUCUGGUGGAGAAUCCC